AUGGUUUCAGCUUCCAUUGAAUCAUUUCAUUUCGAGAAUGGAAAAUAUUGGUUUUUAAUUCGUGUUGAGUUAAGUUCAAGGCGUUUUCGAAUUCUUUAUCGAAUCUAUGAAGAUUUUUAUGACUUUCAAAUUGCACUUUUAAAUAAAUAUCCUGAAGAAGCAGGACGUACAGGUAAAAAACGCAUAUUACCAUUUAUGCCUGGACCAUUAACAUAUGUAGAUGAUAGGAUUACACAACAGAGAAGAAACGAUUUAGAUAUUUAUGGUGCUAUUGAAACAAGAAAUGAUCCUAGACAACCUGAUGCCGCUGCUGAUGUAAAGGGAAGUCCGCUUACGGAUGCAGACAACUCACCAAUUGACCCAAUAGUACCAAUAUCUUCUUCAUCUUAUACGCACAACAACAAUGCAAAAACAAUUAUGGAAUGA